AUGAGGCCGGCGUCCCUGCUCGCUGCGUCCCUGCUUCUCCUGCUGGCGCAACGGGCGGCGUCGAACCCCCUUCCCUCGGACGACUACUACGACGAAGCAGAGGACUACAGCGACCACCACGUCCAUGCGCACCACGACCACGAGACGCCCCAGGACCCGGUCGUCAUAGGGGCUGAACUCGAGCCGCCGGAGGAAGAGGCCCCGGCGGAGGAAAGGUCCGGAGGAGGAGGAAGAGGUCUGCGUCAGAGAACUCUGAUUUUGGGCGGUGAUCCGCAGCCCCUGCAUGCAAAUUCGCACAACCGCGAGAGAAACAGUCGUAUCAGCGCUUUCCUUGUCUUCACCGCGGCCUCCCUGUCUCCAGCGGGAUACGCUCCCUUGGCAAGACGAGAGCGCGCGAUCCCUGAGGAACACCUUGAGAAGACCAACGCCGUGGCUCCCGCUAAGGUCGCGGCCGAGACGCCUGCCGAAGCUCCAGCUCAGACCCCAGCCGAGAGCCCAAAGGAAUCCCCCGCCGUGGCUCCAGCCGAGGCCCCAGAUCAGUCCCCUGCUGAGGCUCCAGCCAAGAGCGCAGGCCAGACUCCCGCUGACACGCCAGCCGAAGUUCCCAAAGAAGCGCCUGCUGAGGCGGCAGCCGAGGCCCCUGAGGAGACCCCAGUCGAAACUGCAAAUGGGACGCCAGAAGAGACCCCGGCCGAAGCCCCUGCUGCGGCGCCCGUUGACGCCCCUGUCGAAGAGCCCGAGGCCGCGGCCGAGACCCCGGAGGACCCCGCCGGCGCCGGAGAAGGAGAGGCCCCCGCCGAAGCGCUUCCUGCGCAGCCAGAGGAGAGCGAGGAGAAGGACGCGGCGAGCGACCCGGCCGAGGCUCCUGCCGCCGUGCCUUUCGCAGGACCCCUUCCCGAAGGACUCCCGAAGAGCAAUGGGACGACCGAGGCGCCUGUCACUCAGAAGGACGGCGUCGCCUCGCUGGAGAGGUGUACCCAACCCCCCAACCCCGGGGUGUGUCGCGGAGCCUUCCCCAUGUUCUACUUCGACCCCGUCUCGAGGACCUGCCGCCAGUUCGUGUACGGCGGCUGCCAGGGGAACGACAACAAGUACAACACCGCGACGGAAUGCUACGGGAGCUGUUUUCCUGAAGGCCGGUCGAGCCACUCGAGAAGCGCGGACAGAACGGACAGUAACGCCAAGAACACGUACCUGGCACUCCACGACGGCACUGGCGCCUCGACGCUCACCUUCACCGGCGACGGAGCGGCGGCCAAGGUCAAGGACGCCUCCAUCGAGGACUUCCGGAUCAACGGCACGUACCAACUGCAGUUCUACUUCAGGACCGAUGUACCGCAUGGCCUAAUUGCCUUCUUGCGCCAGGAAUCCGUGCCCGAGGAACUGGCCGGCGCGAGGAUCCAGCUGUACGUGUACCUGAGGAAGGGCCACCUGGCGCUCACGCACGUCCUCGGCAACACCACUGAGUCCCGGGUUAUGCGAAGAGGCGGUCUCCAGGGGGGCAACUGGCACUCGGCGGUGGUGAAGGUGGACUCGAAGACGGGCGAAGUGGUGAUGGAGGUCGACAGCCACCACGAGGUCUUCACCCUCGAGAGCCUCGCGAACAACCCGCAGUACACCAACGGACGGUCUCUCGAAGGAUUCAAGUCGUCCUUGUGGAUUGGAGGUGUCUUCUCAAAGGACCUGGAACGCGAGGACGUGGUGCUAGGAAUAGUCCCCUUCCACGGCUGCCUGCAGGACGUGAAACUCCUGAGUGGGGAUUCCUUCGACACUAUGCAAUACAUGAAGAUGAGGACGACGAAGCACUCUGGCGUGACGGGAACAACUGCAGCAUAA